AUGCAGAACGCCGCCUGCAUCGACCUCACGACGGCCGCGCGCUCCGUGCAGCGGUUCAGGAUCAACGGCUUCACGGCGACCAAGGAAAGCCUGGGGCUUCCGUCGAGGGCAUGUUCCGUCGGCGGACACAGCUGGCGAAUCGAAUUCGACCCCGACGGCAGGAACUCCGGCCACGUCUACUUCGGCGACCCCUGGGUCACGUUCCGUGCUACCCUGACCAGCAAGGCGCACGGCGCGGCGGCGUCGUUCAGCUGCUGCCUCGUGGAUCCAGUAAGCAUGGCGCCAGAUCCGUCCACUGGGAAGCUGGCGUCCUCUUCAUUCUACAAAAACAGUGGCCUCAAUAUCGCUCUCAUGGCACGGAGCGACCUGGAGGCGUCCAAGUACCUGAAAGACGACUGCGUGAUCGUGCAAUGCGUGAUCACCGUCCUACUCGCCGAGCCGAAGGACGCAACGACGGCGGCGGCGGCGGCGUAUGCCUCGCCCAGAGUUCCGUCCGCCGACCUGCACCAGCAACUCGGUGACCUGCUGCGGAGCGGGACGGGGGCGGACAUCACGUUCAUCGUCGCCGGCGAGUCCGUCACGGCACACAGGUCCGUGCUCGCGGCGCGGUCGCCGGUGUUCAUGGCCGAGCUAUUCGGGGACAUGAAGGAGAAGGCAUCGCAGUGCGUCGAGAUCGAGGACAUGGAGGCCGAGGUGUUCCGGGCCAUGCUCCGUUUCAUCUACACCGACACGGUGCCCGAGCUGGGGAACAAGAUGAAGGGGGAGCAGGCGACGGCGAUGGCGCAGCAUCUUCUUGAAGCUGCGGAUCGGUAUGGGUUGAAGAGGCUGAAGAAGAUAUGCGUGGAGAAGAUCUGCACCACCAUGAACGUGGACACUGUCGCAACGACGUUGGCGUUGGCGGAACAGCAUGGUUGCUCGAAGUUGAAAGCCAGAUGCAUGAAGUUCACCUUGGCGAAUCUCAGCGCAGUUUCUGCAACAGAAGGUUAUAAGCAUCUCGAGGCAAGCUGCCCCUCCGUUCUAACUGAACUUCUCAAGCUUAUGCUCGAGGGAUACAAGUAG